CAGGAUUUAAUAUUAAUCGAAUUAUAGGUGGAGGAAUUUUCGACUCUGAUAGUAUAUGGAUACUUGUUCAGUCACCGGGAAUUACUUUGGUGCUUUAUGUCGUUUGUGGUUUUAUUAGUCUUCUAGGCAGUUUAAUCUACAUCGAGCUGGGAAUUAUAUCGUUACCAAAAGGAAAAUAUUCUAUUAAUUGGACUGAUAUUUUUAAUAAACCAUCACCUAAUUUUGGAGCCUAUGGCAAUGCCAUAAUAAAGGUUUUAUUCGCAUAUGAAGGAUGGAAUGAUAUAAAUUACUUAAUUGAAGAGUUAAGGGAACCAAAAGACAGUAAUCUGAAAUUUUCAUCCCUUUUAAGUGUUUGCGUGUCACUUUUGCUUUACUUUUCCACUAAUGCUGCGUUUAUAACAGUAGUUGGGCGUAAUAUAAUUACUGAGGAUAAAGGUUCUCCAAUUGCUCUACGUUUUGGUAAAGAGCUGCGAGGCAAAACUGGUGAAAUUCUUAUGUCAGCGCUUGUUGCAAUUUCUGCCUUUGGAAGUGUAGGCUCAAUGGUUUUCACCUAUGCACGAAUUAUUACAUAUGCCGCUGAAACCAAAUUUAUACCUGAACGAUUCAAUAUAUUUAACCAUUAUAAUAAGAAGUUCAAUACGCCAACUAAUGCAUUAUUAGUACAAUUUUUAUAUUGCAUAAUGGUUUUGAUGGUUUUGAUGGGUUUGUCGAUAAUUUCAAGUGAUCCUUUUGAUUUUUUCUCUGACACAUCACAAUAUUUAUCAAUGAUAUUUCAUGGCGCUAGCGCAAUUUGUUUAUUAAGUAUAAUGAAAAGGCUAACAAAUGUUAAUUUUAACAUAUCUAAAUAUAUUGUUAUAAUUUACUUUUUAAUAAUAAUUUUGGUUGUCAUUAUAUCACUUUUCCCACCUGAAACUGAAAUUGUUAAUUGGUAUUAUUUAAUACCAUAUGCUAUAUCUUUGGCUGCUAUCCUUUUAGGAUCAAUAAUUUGGUAUUUUCGCAAUCGUGGGCAAAGUGGAGGAAAUGAUGAUACAGACGAUACAACAGAUCAAUAUUCUG